CCAGAUCAUAAUCAGAUGCUUCGUUGGCCAGUAUGGAAUAAAAACAAGCUUGUGUUGAAUUGCUUUGUGAUUUCAUGCCUGGAGAGCCUUUGGCGUAUGGAGAAGUGUUUUUGUAAUUCGACCACUUCACUGAGGCAGCAUCUGCUUAUCUCUGAGUCGGGCACGCAGGUGAGGAGGAAGAAAAACCCCAAGUGUCAGAAGGAAAAAUGCCCUUUAUCUACUCAUGCCAACGGCCUCCUUGUUCCUAGCUGUCACAAAAGACAUGACAAGCCAUAUUGUGCAGGGUCCAAGGUUCAUGAGAAGCAGUUUUUGGGAAUAACAUUUCUUGGAAUCGGACUGUGGGCGUGGAAUGAAAAAGGAGUUCUGUCCAAUAUCUCCUCUAUCACCGAUCUCGGCGGCUUCGACCCGGUCUGGCUCUUCCUUGUGGUGGGAGGAGUGAUGUUCAUUUUGGGAUUCGCAGGGUGCAUUGGAGCUCUACGGGAAAACACUUUCCUUCUGAAGUUUUUUUCCGUGUUCCUGGGAAUUAUUUUCUUCCUGGAGCUCACCGCUGGGGUUCUGGCAUUCGUUUUCAAAGACUGGAUCAAAGACCAGCUGUAUUUCUUUAUAAACAACAACAUCAGAGCGUACAGGGAUGACAUUGAUUUGCAAAACCUCAUAGACUUCACCCAGGAAUAUUGGCAGUGCUGUGGGGCUUUUGGAGCUGAUGAUUGGAACCUAAAUAUUUACUUCAAUUGCACAGAUUCCAAUGCAAGUCGGGAGCGAUGCGGCGUGCCAUUCUCCUGCUGUACUAAAGACCCCGCAGAAGAUGUCAUCAACACUCAGUGUGGCUACGAUGCCAGGCAAAAACCAGAAGUUGAUCAGCAGAUUGUAAUCUACACGAAAGGCUGUGUGCCCCAGUUCGAGAAGUGGUUGCAGGACAAUUUAACCAUCGUGGCUGGUAUUUUCAUAGGCAUUGCAUUGUUACAGAUUUUUGGGAUAUGCCUAGCCCAGAAUUUGGUUAGCGAUAUCGAAGCUGUCAGGGCUAGCUGGUAGACCCCUGCAACGGCUGCUGAAGACACUGGACACACCCAGCCUUCCGAACCCUCCAGCGUGCCCACCCGAGUCCACGCUGCAUGGACCCCACUCACAGAGGCAUCCUGCAACCCACCUGAUGGAGCUGCCAAGGACUUGUUUUGGGGGGUAAAACUGGGAAAUGCUGCUUACUGACAGAAUUUUUUUUAAAUAACCAGUAUGAAAGUCAUUGCGCCGUGAAUCUCUACUGUAGCCAUGAAUUUAUGGGUGGUUGGAUACUUACCAAAAAAGAAAAAAAAAAAAAAGGGAGGGUAGGGGACCCAGAUGUACUUGAAUUUGUGGGAACCACAAUCUUGUUCUCCACUUUGGUAAUUGGAAGGCUGAGAGAGGCAGCUCUGCUUUUUGUCACACCUUGAAGGGACUGCCUUCUGCUCCAUGGCCUAAUGAAGUGCAUCUGUUCUAAAACUUGACCCCUGACCUGCAUGGGCUGGGGGCUGGCAUCCCUUUACCGUACAUUUCAAGGAACUGUUACAUCUCUCAGCCCAAGAAGAAAACAGCUUGUCUUUGGGUUCAGAUUUGGUAAUCACCGUCAGCACGUAGCUUGGUGGGCACACUUGGGCUCCUGGAGUAUCUACUUACAAGAGAAGUUGUGUUUUCCGUGUGCACUGAGCAAGGAUGUGGGACUGCUUCAUGAUGCUGGGUUUUAGCAGGACAGAUCUUUUUCCUAAGUAGGCCUGAGCUUUAUUUAUCAAUGAAAUCCAAGGAGAAUAUGAGGUUAAUGACGAGGUAUUAGUUAAAUACCCCUUCCCCCCAGCCCUCCAAAUCAGGUGCUGGAUUCUCUGGAAACUCUGGAAUACGCUGGGGUUUUGGCUUUUUUUUUUUCUUUGUCUCCCUAAAGUGAAAGCUAUGAUACAGUUUGUUAAAUUUUGAAGUGUUUUCUCACAAGCUCAACCGUUAACUUUUUUUGUGUGUAAUCUCCCCGCAUGACUUAUGAAUAUGGAUCCAAUAGCUUCUCUUUCUGCCAUCUUUCCUAGAACAUCUAUACACGUGAUUCGGUCAGCAUUUAUUUGAUAGUCUCACGGCCUCGAGAGGUGUGGUGAGUCCUCCUCGGCUGGGAAGAGACCAGCUGCGCCGUUGCAAAUGCUUCCGUAGCCUCAACAGUCUCUUAACCUGGUUUUUAUGGCCUCUCUUGCAGCGGUGCCCCCGCAACUGUCUGUUUGAAUGGAAGUGAACCUAAUCCUGAAACAGUGUCGACACAAUCAAAAAGCUUCUAAUGUCUUUUUUUUUUUCCCCUUCUGGUUUUAGUUUCCUUUUAUUAAAAAAAAAUAUAUAUAUAUACAUAUAUAUAACGCAUGAGCAGUGCUCCUUCUCUUAGUGCAAACUAACUGUCAGGAUGGUGACAAAGCACAAAUACUUUGGAAGGGAGAACAUUGGCGGGGCAAGUGUUCUGUGACAUAGUUGGGAAACUACCUCCAGGUGCUGCCACCCACCCCCUGCUCUGACUCCAGGUGGGAGGGACGAAUUUUGCCCCCAGAUUUUAAUCCAAUUUGUGUCUACCAGGAUGUCCUUCUCCUGGGGAGUAGAUAGUCUGUGGAAUGCUGGGAAAACCACAGGCAUAUUUCAUGGUGAUGACACAUUUGCCAACAGAACUGGGCAGCCAGCUAGCAUACUUUGUGGAAAUUUAGCAAGGUUUUCCAUUUCACUCUCAUGUUGCAUCGCUCUGGCUGAUGAAUGUGUCAGUCUGCUCAGAUAAAGGACAAAAAUUAUUUGAAAAUCUAGUCUCCAGAGUUUGGGUGUGUGUAUGACUCUGCAUGUGUGUAUUUUUGUGUCUCUGUAAAGUUAGAGAUGUUCAUUCCAUAUUCCAGCUGUAAGAUUAUUUUAUUUCGUCUCUGCUCCUACCACAGUUGUUCUCUGUAAUGUCAUUGCAACAUGGAGAAGACUUGAGCUCUCCAGUUGGCACCCUUGUCUUUUAUGUUUAUUACCUCAUUCUCCAGUGAACUCCAUCUGACCAGUUGAUUCAGAACCAGGCAAGAUUCCCACCCUUUGGCACAUCCAGUGAAAGGCCAAACAGCAAGUCCAAGUGAGUUUUAAAUUUUAAUGAAUCACCCUUUAUUUUUUACACUUCAGAAUGGUUGUAAUAAAGGCUGUCAUUAAUAAACUUGGUUCUACCUUA